AAAGAAGAAGAGAAUGGCAUCCAGAGAAAUGCUGAUCAUAAUCUCAGUACUCCUCGCGACUACAUUAAUCGGUCUAACAGUAGCUACAGACCAUACCAUUGGUGGUCCUAGUGGUUGGACGGUAGGAGCUAAUCUUAAAACUUGGGCUGCAGGACAAACAUUUGUUGUUGGAGACAAUCUUGUUUUCGCUUACCCUUCUGCAUUCCACGAUGUCGUUGAAGUCACAAAACCAGAAUACGAUAGCUGCCAAGCGGUUAAACCGCUUAUAACGUUUGCUAAUGGAAACUCCAUUGUUCCUCUCACUACCCCAGGAAAAAGGUACUUCAUUUGUGGCAUGCCGGGACACUGUACACAAGGGAUGAAACUAGAAGUAAACGUUGCCCCAGCCGCAAACGCAGCACCAACCGCACCGCUUCCAAACUCUGUCCCAUCAUUAAAUGCACCGUCACCUUCUUCUGCUUUACCUAUACAACCUUUGUUGCCUCUUAACCCCGUACCUGUCCUCUCUCCUUCUCCUUCAACUCCCCUUCCUUCCUCCUCUCUCCCUCUUUUUCCGGCACAGUCACCGGCACUUUCUCCAGCGGCUACUUCUCUGCCUUUGUUUCCAGGUUCACCUGGUAGCUCGAGCAGUACCACCACCAAAACCGUCGGGAGCUUCCCUUCUAGUGCUACAGGCACGACGGAUAAUACUGAUGGAGCAGGAGCUUCUCCCGCUGACUCCUCCGCGAAAAGCCUUGUUUUGGGAUUCGGAUUCAUGCUUGCUAUGAUGAUGCUUCAUCUGUUCUAAGUGUUUAAGUAGAGAGACAUUUUGUUUACGUGUUUGCAGUUUAUUUAUUGAUUAGAGAAUGUGUUUUGUUGUGUAUAUGCUGUUUUUGUUUGUGUUCUGUUAUGUAUUUCAGUAUUUUCUA